CAUCUAAGAAGUAAUACUCUUUUUGUAAAUCAAUAAGAGAAAUAAUUGCACCUUUUUAAAGCUUUUAUAUUGUCAACAUUUUGGCUAUAUAUGUAGGCCUACAUUUAAUUAUUAUUGAUAGUUGAAAGCCUUUCAUUAUUUUAUUAAUAUUAUUAAAUUUUGUACUUACGGUACUUCUAGGCCUAGGCCUAGUUGCCUAGUAGUUAGUUAAGUUAGGCCGCCCUUCUUACUUUUUGAGUCUUAGUUUUAGUUUAGUAUUAGUUCUUUGUUUAGUGGCUUAGUCAUAUGGCCUAAUCUAACUUAACUUAAUAACUUAUAUUAAUUUGGAGAGUAGCACCCUGACGUCAUUUGUUGUCAUCAAUUCAAUUUCAAUUGUUUUCAAUUUUUCAAUCAAUACUGAUACUGAUUGAUAGUUUGAUACUGAGUUCAGUCCUGACAUUGUAUAGUAUAGGGCAUAGGGUCCACAGCCUCAUAAUACUCAUAUAGUUAGUAGACCAUAAACUCAUAUAUAGUGAACCUGAACCAUGUCCAUAGCCAUAGCCAUAGUAAACUAGUAAAGCCAGGUUUAGUCUAGCCUAUGGACACUAUGGUCAUAGUUACUUAUGCCUAUGAAGACUUUUAAAUUUUAUACUACUACUAAGUUAGAACUAGCUAGAGUGCCUAGAGGCAUUUCAGUAGAGGCAAGUCUACUCUUACCUCUGCCUUACUUACUCAUAAUACUCAUAUUCUUUGACUUAAACUUAAAUGUAAAAUAUUUAUUUAAAUCUUCAGCUUUUGUGUGUUCUUUUAUUACACUUAACUUCAGCAUUGUUUAAUAGUUUGUCUUUCCUAUGCCUUCUUAGUCAUAGCUUUGUUAUUAUCAUUAUAAAAAAUUUAUUUAAAAAAUGUUGACAAAUUUAACAAGUAUGCUGAAGGUGUCAUCUGAGAUGCAUAUUUUGUAUUUGAAAAACAUUUGUGAAGCCAAAUUUUGACUAUUGACAAGAUACGAAAAUGCUUCUUGUUCUUUAGAAUGUAACAAGUAACAAUAUGCAAUUUCAAGAGAUAUUUCCAAAUAUUUUUGUUUAGCUAAUUUAUUAUAUCAUAUCUGUUGAAAAAAUGCUUUAGGGAUGAAAGUUUCAUUAAUUCAGCCCUCAUUGCUGACUGGUACGCCUCCUUAGGAGAUGGACAAGGAUUUCUUAGCCAUGUCUUUGACAAGGAUGUUCUGUGUCAUUUCUGUUUUAGUUCUAUGAUUUCAUUUUUCUUGGGCAAUCAAUGUGAACUGGGAGUUUGAAUUUAUGCUAAUUUGGGUGACCUGGGAUUCUAUUUGUUUAAAGUGUUUCCAAAAAUAAUUAUUUCCUUCUGCUUAACUAAAUGUAUAAAGGCCACUCAUUUUAUGUAGCCUACAUUGAUGGGGUUGGCUUUAAUGUUACUAUUUAUAGAACAGAACCAAAGACUGGCUCAAGAUCAUAAUCAGACCCAAGUAUUGUUAAUUUUUUCAUACAAAAAGUUCAAGAAAUUCAAACUGAUUGAAAACAUUUUAUAAAAUAUGAACCCAUUCAUUUACCUAAAAAUACAUUUUAAAAUUGUAAUUUAGCUUGGUAAAAAUAACUUCCUGGUUGAACAAUACUAAUAACAAUGAGCUGCUCCUGUAUUUAUAUAUGCAUGGAUAGAGAAUUCACAGAAAAAUUAAUGUAACUAAGAAAUUGUUUAUGUGAUUACAAUUACCGGUUGUGUUUUCAUUCCAUUCACAGAAUAUAAGUUUUUUUUAUAAAAUACAACUUACAUAUUUUCUUUUUUCUAUCUGAAUAAAGUUAUCUAAAGAAGUGUAUUUGCACGUGAAUUAUGUUCACCUAUAGAUAAAUGACCUAGAUCUAUAGGUACAAUAAGCACACAAAAUAAGAAUUAUCUCAUUGAUUUUUCAAACAUUUUUAUGUCAUGUUAUACAUAUUUGUAUGCUUACAUUUUUUUCCAGCUGGAGUUCAGUUAACAUACAUAAACACAAAUUUGAGUAAAUUAUUAUGCAUUAUAAUAGUAAUAGAUUUUAAUAUACAGUUGUUGAUGUGAUAUUUGAAUACUGGGAAACACAUAAAAAAAAAAUUAUUUGUCAUCUUUCAUGUAUUGAUGAACUUUCAUAACUUUUUUUAUUUCUUUCUUUAAAACAGAACAACAGAUUAACUAAACCAGGGACAACCUUGCAAUGCCUCUGGAGUCCCUUCCAGGGAGUAAAGACAGCCUCAGCCAUAAGCCCCAGUUAAAUGCUAGUAAAGAAGUCGCCAGCCACAAGCCACUCUCUAAUGCUGGUAAAGACCCUAACACCCAUAAGCCUCUUUUGAGUAGCAACAAGGACAACACCAGUCACAAGUCACAAGCAAGUGGAAGUAAGGAAGCCAGUUCCAUCAAGACAAUGACCAGUGUAGGAAAAGAUUUUAAUAACCACAAGCCACCAAGUCUCAUCCCCAAAUCCAAAGGGCCACGUGUAAUGAGACGCCACCGCAGUCAUACAGAUGGGUCACGAGGACCACAAACACCUGGAAUAAGCAGAUACAGAGAAGACUUAGAGAUGGAAGGACUUUUGCCAAGCCAUUUCAGGUGAGGAUUUAGUCAUCAACGUUCAUUAAAAAUGUACCUAGAAGUUUUUGUUUUUUUAAAUUAAAAUUUUUUUUCUCAUUCUUUUUGUUCUUCUUUUCAUUGUGUAUUAUUAUCUAGACCAAAUGAUUAACAGCAAAUUUCUGAUAUUAUUUCAAUUAGGCCUCAAUUUUUUUACUAAUACUUAUUAAUGAAAAUAGUACAGGUAUAAAAUUUAUUUUCAUUUGGAAAAUUAAAUGGUGUUGAAUAGAAUAACUACACUAUUUUUUUUACUUCGCUAUGAAUAAAUAUGCUCCUAAAAUAUCUUAAUUUUGAUGAUAAACCGGUAAGAAAAGUAAUCCCACAUACAGAAUAGAAAUGCUCUGAUAGCCUUUGCGAUAGCUUUAUUGCUUUACAGCCCAUAUGAGAGAAAUGAAUUAGCCUCUUUCUUUUGAGAAGUUUUUCCUCCUCUACUUAUGUAGAUUCAUAAAGAAAGUUGGUCAUUUACAAUUCUUGCUGUUAAACUACUAUAGGGCAUCCAAUAGAUCAUUAAAAGAAAUUUGUUUAUUUUGAUGAAUUUAUCUGGGAUACACAAUUCUCUAUUUUCCAGAGACAGGCUGUAUGACUUGUUCUUGCAGAUAGAAAAAGAAUUUGAACAUCUGUAUAUGUCCAACAUGGCAUGUAUGUUUGUAGAAAUUUUUUAAUUUGGUGGAAGAUGAAUGAUAAAAUAUUAAUAUAAUAUUUAUUGUUAUAACAUAAGCAUAAAAUAAAAAUCUUCUUAAAAAGGAAAGCCAGUAAGUCUAUAAAUAUAUUAGAUUUUAAUUUAUUUCUUUAAAAUAGCAGUAGUUCAGUAGUUCAAACAAUGUAUGAUAAAAAUUUGUUGGAAUAUUUUUUUUUUGUGUCCAAACAUAUCUUUAAAUUAAAAUGUUCAUUCCAUAGAUAAUUAUAUCCUCACUGAAUGCACCCAAGUUACAAGUAGACACCAACCAUGACAUACCAACUUUGAGAACCACUGGCAUAGAUAAAUAACACUAUUUCAUAAAACUCAAUAAUGAUUUUAAAAUGCAUUGCAAAGACCAACAUAUUUUUGGGGGGUUUAGUUUCACCAAUGAAGAAUUCUUGCUGUAUCCUUUAUUACAGUCAGCAAAGGGAAAAGAAACUUAUCACAAUAAAUUUUGUUUAAAAAAUCUCAGUGCAAGAGCGUCUUGACCUGGUAGCUGAAAAACUUGUGGGUGAAAGUGGUAGUCUGGAGAAAACUCCUUUGGAGUCACAAGAUUCAACUGACUAUGGGGCCAAAAAUAAAAGUAAGUGUCAGGAAGAAGUAAGAUUAAAACGACUUUGUGAAUGAAAUUUGUCUUUAAAAAAAAUAACCCUUACAGAUGAAAAUGUAUUUUAAAAUCAAAUUGAAAAUAAAAAUCUUUAAAAAAAAGUAAGGCGCUACUAGUUAAUAAAAUGUAGAAUAUAUGUGUAUUAAUUUAUAUAUAUAUAUAUAUAUAUAUAUAUAUAUAUAUAUAUAUAUAUAUAUAUUUUUUUUAUUAUAUUUUUUAUAUAUAUAUAUAUAUAUAUAUAUAUAUAUAUAUAUAUAUAUAUAUUUUGCAUCAUAUCUUUGCGAGACAAUGGAGUAGCUACGGACACUUCAUUAAAUGGCUUCCAAGGCCCAUCCCCGAAUGGCAGUCGGGGCUGCAUUUCUUUUUAGGGAACCUGGACUUCUGGUUAAAUUUGGUCUGCCGUAAUGCUCUUUUGUGGCAAAGGCUUCGUUUCGUGCAUCUUCUGCCUUUUUGACUCCGUCAUAUACUGCUGUUCGCCAUCUGGAACGGUGCUGAGCAAUGAUCUCUUAUUUGUUAGAUUUCUAUGUUGGCUUCCCCCAUGUUUAUUUAUGCAAGUAUCCUUAAAGCUCAGCGGCACCAUCCAAUAAGUCUUGCACCUUUCUUCCAGCUCCCCAUUCAGCAGAUCCUUUGGAAUUCAGCCUUCCUCUAUUAUCCUUACAUGGCCUAACCAGCGAAGGUGCCUUGUUCUAAGAGUGGAGAAUGUGGUACACAUUUUGGCCCAUUCCAAAAUUUCUGUUAGACACUUCGUUGAAGUGUAGGUCUACAUAGCUACUCCAUCGUCUCCAUAUAUAUAUAUAUAUAUAUAUAUAUAUAUAUAUAUAUAUAUAUAUAUAUAUAUAUAUGUGUGUGUGUGUGUGUGUGUGUUUAUGUGUUAAAGAGGGAAAAUUUAUUGAGAGAGUUUGCUACAUACUAGCCCCAUAAAAAAUUAUAUGUUAUGAUAAACAGGUAAAAAAAAUAAAUGAGGUGUUUAAAAUCAUUUACGGUAUAUAAAAAUCUAAAAAUGUGAAACCCUGUUACUGCUUACACAUAAAUCAUAUCUAGUAACAUGUAUUUUUGAACUAAAAUUAAAUUUAUUUUGGUACACUUAAAAUGCUAAAAGCGAAGCUAAAGUGAAUCAAUAGCCAAUGUUAAAUCUGGCAUGUACACGUGUUAAUUUUUUGUCACACAAUUGCAGAGUCUCAGCUAUCUCAGAGGAUCAAAACCACCUACAAACAGUCUACUAGCAAGCUGGUCUCAAGUUUUAGGACACCUAACCCUGUCUACAGUGUAGUUAAACACUUCAGGGGUCAUCGGGAUGGAGUUUGGGAAGUCAGCGUGUCCAGAUCACACACACACCAGGUUAUUGGUACUGCUUCAGCAGGUGAGAAAUAUUAACAUUUAAACCUCUGGUAUAAUCACUCUAUAGUUUUUGUAAUCCCAGCAUGUGUAACUUCACCUACCACGAAAGCUCAAAAUGUUUUUUAACAGAAACAACAAAUUCAAAAUUCUUAUUAAUCAAUAUUCUUUAAAAUAGGCCUUACACAAUCUCCGCAUAUAGAUUAAUGUAUGUUUUUAUUAAAAAAAUGAGUAACUAUUUUCACAUACAAAAAUGUGUCUUUGACUCUGUUUCAGAUCAUAGUGGUAGAAUAUUUUCUGUGGAGACUGGUUCCUGCUUGCUGCAGUACAUAGGACAUAAAGGAUCUGUCAACUCAAUACGCUUUCAUCCUACCCAAGAGUUGGUGCUAACAGCAUCAGGAGAUGCCACUGCUCAUAUCUGGAGAGCUCCACUCUCACAAUUUUCUCCUGUGGACAUCUUGGUGAGUCCCUUCGUCAUUCAUUUCAGAUUCAGCUUAAGGUUUUGUAAGAAAAUGAAUAUAUCUCUUUGUCUUGAAGUAUAGUAUAUCAUCCCUGCUGAAGAAUUAAUUGUAAUUCCAUCUUUAACUGAUUUUAAUGUAAUUCCAUCUUAACAUGAUUUUAUUGUUUAUCUUAAAAUUAACACUUGAAAGUUCAAGCUGUAAUGUAAACCUAUUCUAUUUCAGAAAUCUCAUUCUUCAGGUGAAGAUGAAAUAGACAGCUCAGGAAGGGAAGAUACUGCAGAUGGUGAGUUAUUUUGUAUAGUAAAAAUUAAAUGGUUGUCACAAAAUUCAAAAUUUUAGGCUUAUGAUCAAUGUUUAAAUUAAUUUUUUUUUUAAACUUUCUUACAUGACCUUAAUAAAAUUGCCUUUUUCAAAAACUGAUUAUCCAGACUGAUAGUUCAUAAAAUCUAAUAAUAUUCAAGCAUGGCUCAUGCUGUCAUGUACUUUUUUUCCUUAUUCCAUGGCAGAUCUCAAUGAUUUUGCCCAUGAAGCAAAUAUCAUCAGAAGCCCUCAUCUUGAGCUGAUGCAGCACAGUGAGGUUGUCACUGCAGCUGACUGGAUGAGUCAAGGCUCCCAGGUCAUCACAGUCUCCUGGGACAGAAUGGCUGUUUUGGCUGAUGCUGAAACCGGAGAACAAAUUUCUCAGCUGUCAGGUAACUUAGUAUGCAUCAGCUAUUUUGACAAAUAAAUUUGAUGCUAAUUGAUGAUUUUAAAUUCAGGAACAUCUGUAAUUACUAAACAUGACAAAGAAGGCUUUUUGCUAUAAUUAAAACAAUUGAUAAAAUCGAUACAACAUAAAAAAUGUCAUUGUAACACAAAUAGAAGAGAUUUAUGUGGACACAAGGCCAAAAUACUAUGAGAAAGUUGUUCCCAUGCACAAAUAUGAGAUUUCAUGUCUUUAGCAAUGUUCUGAUCCAGCAGUAGCUUACAGAGCAGUUAUAUUUACAUAUUUUUGUUGUUGAGUUUUUAGAAAGGCGGGGUGGGGGGCUGGGAGGGGAAUGGCAUUAAUUCAGAAAUACAUGCAGUUUUCUGAUCUCUAAAUGUGUGUAUGAUAUUGUAACUUUCACCUUUAAAAAAUUCUUUUUUAAAAUUUAAAACUUAGAAUUGUUUAACUCACUGUGACAGCUCCACCCACAGACCACCAUUAUGUGUUAUGUAUACUAUACUGGGUGUCAGAGUGGGCUAAGAUGAGUAAAUCCCAAGCUAGUAGACUCCAGUUCAAUCCCCAGCAAAAGCAAAAAUAUCACCAGCACCUCGGGUGGAUGGGAUUUGUUAACCUUGGAUUGCAACUCAUCUAUGAGAAGGAAAGUCCUGUAGGCAGUAUGACACUAACACAAUGAAAAUUGUGACAACACCUGUGACCUAUGACAUAGAAUACAUAAAGUGCAUACUAUUGAUCAUCUACUGCAUCCUGGUCUAUUUCCAGUUGUCUUGGCUAAGUUUUGCUAUUUGAUCAAAGAGACAAAGAUGAGAGAGUGAGGGGCUCUCCCUCACUUUGAACAAAAUACAAGUCAAGGCUACUACUCAAGUUGAAAAUAGCUUUGGUCAUCUUCAUGUGCUAAGGUUGAUCAAUAAAUAAUAAAAAUACUGAUUAUAAAAAGCAGUUGUUUGUUGAAGUUUAGCCAUAUGUAAAAUAUUAAUUCAAUAACUGUUUCAGGUCAUGAUCAAGAACUUACUGAUGUCCAUGCUCAUCAAAGUCAACGACUUGUCCUCACUUCUUCUAAAGAUACAACUUUCAGGCUGUGGGAUUUCAGAGGACCUGCAAUGUUGGUCAAUGUGUUUCAAGGACACACUCAGUGAGUAAUUUCAGUGACUUCAUGUCAUAUUUGCUACUUAAUCUUAUUUUAAUUCUGAAAAAACUGUGCACUGUGACAAAAUAGCUUAAUUUCCUGCACCGUAACCAAAACGUAGCUGGUUUGAAUCGGCAAGUGGAUGUCCCCAGCUAUCAGCAAAUAUCCAGGUGUAAUUCAUUUUUCAGCCAACCUUGGCAGCAACUUUUUGAAUGAUGUAAAAGAAAACAAAACUUGAACAAUAAAAAAAAUGGAGAUCGCAGCUAUCUUGGAGUAAGAUUAAAAAUCUUUUGUACAGACCAAACAAAAUACAUGACUAUGAUUAGAGAAGAAAAGACCAUUGAAGCCAUUAAAAUUAGAAACUAGACUUUUGAAAAAAUUAAAUUCAUUCAAAUACCUAGAAUCUUUAUUAAAUGGAAGAAACGAAUUACUAACAGAAAUAAACGAAAGAAUAUCAGCCAGAAACAGGUCAUACUUCAAUAGUCAGAAAUUACUCAAAAGUAAAAACAUUACAAGAGAAACAAAGAAAACUAUUUAUAAAACUGUAAUCAGACCAGUUGUAACAUCUGCAAGUGAAACUUGGACCCUAACAAAAGUGGCAGAAAACUUAUUAAACACAUGGGAGAGAAAAGUUUUCAGGAAAAUAUAUUGACCAACUAAGGAUGAAUAUGGAUGGAGAAUACAAACAACCAGGGAUUGUACAGUCUAUAAAAGGAUCCCCCGAUAUUAGCAGAAAUAAAAAAGGGUAGGCUACGCUGGGCAGGACACUUAAAGAGAAUGCCAAAUGGCAGAGAAGUGAAGAGGGGGCAUCAUCAAAACCCCAAAGGAAAACAUCUCAAAGGCAGGCCUAGGAUUAGACGGAUGGAUGAUGUGGAAAAAGAUCUACAACUGGAAAUCAAAGCAUGGAAAAGAUGAGCUUUAGUUAGGUCUGAGUGGAAGGAAGUAGUGGGACAGACCUAAGCCCUACAUGGGCUUUAGUGCCACAGGGAUGGAUGGAUACAGAGCCUAUCCUUAAAUAGCUAACAAAAAGUAAAAAUAGGAGUUUAUUGAAGAAAAAAAAAUUACUGAUCAUGAUUAAUAUAUGGUUUUUAAUAGUGAAAAUUGCAUAACAUUUAAAAAGCCUUUUAUUUUAAUCAGGCAGGUGACAUCAGCUGUUUUUGCAAGUGGGGACAAGGUUGUAUCUGGUAGUGAUGACAGGACAGUUAAGGUUUGGGAUAUGAGAAAUAUGAGGUCACCCAUUGCUGCUAUCAGGACUGACUCGGAAGUCAACAGGUAAUUAGUAUAUAUUGUUGUUGCAUCUGCUAUAUUAAUAUUUAUACAUAAGCCUCUUCCCUGUGUAUUCUGGGAUUUUUAGUUUUAAAAUAUUUUUAGAUUUCACAUCUACAAUAUAUAACUGCAGGAUAUGAUUACCUUAAUUGUGCCAUUUUAAGUUAUCUUAAUAUAACUCUUUAUAGCUAUGUCUGAUGUUUUUUAUUUCACCUACUUAAAAGGCUGUCAGUCUCUCAAGUCCAAAAUAUCAUUGCUAUCCCUCAUGACAACCGCAACAUUAGACUCUAUGAUAUUAACGGUGUCCGUAUUGGACGACUACCUAGAAACAACAGACAGGUUGGUUUUAAUUACAUGUUCUUUUAUUAAAGAGUGAACACAAAAAAAAUUAAUUUUAAAUUACAUAACAGUUUUUUUUUCUUAUAACACAUGUAUUUCUUUUAAUAUGAUAUUGUUUAUUAUGAAAUUAAAGAUGCUCAAGCUUAACAAAAAAAAACCCUUUAAAUAAUUUGUUUGGAGGAUUUAGUAAAACACAGGUAAAAGAUUAGAAAAAUUUCAAAAACAAAGUCCAGCAGGUGUUUUACAGAUCUAAACAGAAAAUGCCAGGCUUUCUUACAUAUGACAUAUUUUGAAAUAUUUCUAAAAGGCUAAUAUUUCUUCUUCACACAGGGUCAUGCGAGAAUGGUAUGCUCUGUGGCUUGGGCUGAAAACCAUCCAACGUGCAAUCUGUUCUCUUGUGGCUUUGACCGUCAAGUUUUGGGGUGGAUGAUCAACAAUCCUGUCAAGGAGUAGCUAAAAGGAAUCUGGAUCUCUGCAUAAGUAAUACCAACAUUCAGCUUCUUAGUCUAAACAGGACUAUUUUUUGUUAAUAUUACGCAAGUCACUUACUUUUCUACAUAGGUGGUUCUGAACCUUUCACAAUUGAUGUCAUCUCAGUUACGUGUCAUUUACCCCUUGUCCAUUGAUAGUCUAACAUUUUUACAUAAUUUAUAUACCCCCUGUAGAUGCUUCAACUACCCUUUGGGCAUUGAUGGACAAAUACAAGGUGCCUGGUCCUAGACCACUGAAUUUUUUACCUGGCAACUGAAUUUUUAGUACUUUUUAGCCCAUUUUUUGCACACCAAAAAAAUGUUGGCUCUUGAGAAAAAGGGUCAGUCUAAUAAAUUAUUUUAUGUAUUGUCUAUCUGCCCUUGGGGGUUCAUGUAUCCUAGUACAAGAACUGUUGUUGGACUUGAUCUAUAAUGUAAUUGCAUUAACUGCAACAUUAUUAUUUUGAUAUUAGCAGGUUAACCCCUGGACUCUGUGAUUCUCUUUUCAUUUUAAAAAAAUGGAGAUUUUAAGCGCAAAAUGCAGUUUUCUCAUGAGAUUAUACUGUGUACACCAAGUUUAUUUAACCUAAAGUAUGAUAGUUGUGAAAUAACUAGUUUUAAAUCUUUUGUGCUUUGUUUACUAACAAGUUAAAAGUGAUCAUAAAUUAAUUUUUCAUCACAACUGUAUCAUUAAAAAAAAUGGUAUGUUCUAUUUAUAUAAAACAUCUUUUUUUUUUUUUUUACAUCAGUCAGAAACUGACUUUAAAUUAAAUUUAUUUUAAAAUUAUCGAUAUAUACCUUCAAAUGACAGUUGGAAAUUAUGUUAUUUGAAUUUCACCAUGAAGUCACUAAUAAUUCAAUUCAAAUGUGCAAUACAAAAACUGUCAAACUCAAAAUACGAAGGAAAUCUUCUACUUAGAAAUAGUUCUUUUCCAGCCUCCUCUCAAGCUCCUUAUUUCUUGGUUCAUAUGAAACUAUGAUUUAUGUCUUUAGAAAAAUGUGUUAUUAUUAAUACCUUUAAUAAAAAAUAAAAUGUUUCAAGAUCUGGAUAAAAUUGAAAUUGCUUUACUUUUAAAACAUAUAUUUACCAGUGAAAUUUCAAAAAAGAAAAUAACAUGCUGUUUAGUAUCAAUUUAAGAUUUGUAUCUUAUCUUUAAAAUGAUAUUUUCUUUUCAUGCAUUCCUGUUGUCCAUCCUGGCACUGUUUGACAUGCUGCAAUUUGAUUUCUGUUAACCAGAUUACAUUUUACUGGUCAUUUGUACAUAUCUGUGGGACUUUAAGUAGAGUGUAGUGUAUGUGCCGGGAAGGGGCUGUAGUGGGGGCUAUACAUAUUGUAUAAAUCUUAAAUGUGAGUUAUACCUGCAGCUGCAAUGGCCAGUUAUCAAUAUAUUCAUGAAUUCUGUCGCUGUAGAUGUUUACUUUAGAUGGGAAUUUUCUUAUACUUCUUUCAGCCGUUUGCUGUCUGAUAUCUAUAAGAUCUAUUAUAAGUCUUAUUAUAAGUCUGUGAUUAAUGGUUACAGUAUUUAAAGACUUAACAGGAAUUCACUUUAAAGAAGAUUCAUUAUUCAACUUAUCUUGUACACAUGUCGUAUUAUCUGUAUUAAAUUCAGGGGCUUUGUCCCAAAGUACACAUUCAAAUUAUGGAAAAGAUUCUUUAUUCAUACAUUAUGUAUAUAAAACUGUAACUUUAUAAUUACGCUAUAUCCCCAUGAAUUUAAAGCUUCAUGUAAAAAUAUAUAAUUUAACACAGCUGUUUAUUUGUAACAAGCAUGAAAACAGUCACAUCCCGAAAGAAUAAAUAAUUGACCCGUUUGCAAAAAGUAAAGCUUUAACUUUAACAAGAACAAUCUUUAAAUUUAAGUUUAACUAGUCACAUUUUUGAAACGGAUAAAUGUUAUGUGCUGGUAAGUAGUCACUCUAGUACAGGUAUUUUUAUGUAUGUGACCGUGAUGAUCAUUUUUUUGCAAUAAAAUUAUAAAUAUAGUAUUCUCUGUUUUUUUGGCUUACGGGUUGGAUUCAUUUCUUUAGCAUUGAAUUUAGCAAAAGUCAUUUAAGUAGCUUGUAAUGCAAACAUGAAAUUGGCCUGCCUUAAGAAAUUUUGAUAAUUUGAGAUCCCUGAAAUUUUCAAUACCAACUAAAGUCAUCCUGUAUUUUAAAAAAAAAAUCAUAAUUAGCUGUAUAUAGCUAUAAUUUUAUUAUUGUUUGUAAAAACCUGUCAAACAAAUUAAACUUCAC